AUGGCUUCAAGGCAGGAUAAGGUACAGUCGGAUACGUCAGAUAAAAAUAUGGCAGAUCCGAAGCUUGGAAAAGGUAUCCAGGUCUUGGUACCUAAUCCAGAUCACACAUUUACAUUGAAUGAAGAGGAAUUGGAAAAGUUAUUUUUGAGUGAGGAUGUCAAAGAUUGUCCGGCUGUCGUCAUCUCCAUCGCAGGCGCUUUCCGGAAAGGCAAAUCUUUUCUUCUGAGCUUUUUCCUUCGUUAUAUGCACCAAAGGUAUAAUUUGAGGAGCGCUGGUAGCGAGUGGCUCGGGAAGGAAGGCGAACCGCUGGAAGGGUUCAGUUGGCGCGGCGGCUCCGAGCGACACACUACGGGGUUGCUCUUCUGGUCACAGCCUUUUAUUGCCACUCUGGACAGUGGAGAGAAGGUGGUGAUAUACCUGAUGGAUACUCAAGGCACUUUCGACAGCCAGUCCACAGUUAAGGACAAUGCAACUGUGUUCGCCAUCUCCACGAUGCUGUCUUCAGUCCAGAUAUAUAACUUAUCCGUAAACAUUGAAGAAGAUGACUUACAACAUUUACAAUUAUUUACAGAUUACGGAAGGUUGGCGUUAGAGAGCAGCGGCGGCAAACCGUUCCAAAGAUUGCAGUUGCUAGUUCGGGACUGGAGCUUCCCUUACGACUAUGCCUACGGCGACGAGGGCGGCAGACAGCUGCUCGCUAAAAGACUUGCAAUAAGCGAGAACCAACACCAUGAAUUGCAAUCACUAAGGAAGCACAUUAUCAGCUGUUUCGAAGAGAUUGCCUGUUUCUUGAUGCCACAUCCAGGUCUCACCGUCGCCACCAAUCCCAACUUUAAAGGGGAUUUAACUGACAUAAGUGAUGAAUUCAAACAAUGUCUCAAACAAUUUGUUCCGAUGCUGACUGCUCCAGAAAAUUUGAUCAUUAAAAAAAUCGGGGGACAAAAAGUCAAGGCAAAAGACAUGAUGCUUUAUUUCAAGUCGUACAUGAAUAUCUUCAAUGGAUCGACACUUCCCGAACCCAAAACUAUCUUAGAGGCUACAGCAGAAGCAAAUAAUCUAUCAGCCGUGGCCGAAGCGAAGGAAGUAUAUGAGAGGUUGAUGGAAGAGGUAGCUGGCGGGGCGAAGCCCUACCUGUCUCCUGGCAUGCUGGCCACAGAGCAUCGCCGCGCUCGGGAUAAAGCACUUCACUCCUUCCACUCCAAAAAGAAAAUGGGAGGAGAUGAAUUCAGUGACAGAUACAGCGAAAAAUUGACUAAGGAACUAGACGAACAGUAUGAAGAGUACAGAUUGCGUAACGACGAUAAGAAUGUGCUACGUCGGCUCGGCACGGCGCUGGUGCUGGCGGGCGCGGCGCUGGCGGCCUGGCUGCUGGCGCUCUGCGCGGGCGUCCUGGGCCUCGCCGCGGUGGAGCUGCUGGCCAACACUGCGGCCAUCGCUUGUGUCAUACUGCUCAUACUGUGGGGAUAUUCUAGGGCAACAGGAAAUUUGGCAGAGUUAACCCAGAUUCUGGAUGAAAACGCUAUUAUGGUAUUGGACGCGUUCAGUAAACAGGUGGGUCAGCAGAUGUUGGCGGCCGACUAUGAUAAAUCCACAGAUAAAAAGCAAUCA